UUUGAGUCUGGGUCAUAGUUUUCUCAUCUGGAAUAAAGUUUUGGAUGGACCUGCUGCAAUGACGUCACUGCCGUUGCUAAGUAAAGUCAAACAAAUGGUAUGGUUGGGCGGAACUCUGAGAUCAUAUGAACUGCAACUACAUGAAGCGAUAAACAACUAGAACUGUUGCUUAUGUUGUGUUGUGCUUUCUAUCGUAAUCGUAACUUAAAGAGGGCGGUCAAGAAAACAGAGACUUUUAUUGUGAAGGGAAGGGAGUCGCCUGCUGUGCGGAUAACCGGGGGUCUCCUCCCAGUGAUGGAGCCUCGACCAUGGACCCGCGGUGUGAUCCGCAUCAUGUAGCGCUGCCACAAUGUUCGGUACCGCUCUGUGUUCGAGGCCAAACCCAGCUGCCAUGGGCCAGAUGUGACACCUGCUAACUGCUAACCGAGCUAGCUCGACCGAUGACUGCUGUGUCUUUCCUGCUCAGCAAGAAGGAACCAUGGCCGGGAAGGUGAAGUGGGUGACAGACAUCGAGAAGUCGGUGCUCAUCAACAACUUUGAGAAGAGAGAAUGGAUCCAGGUGACGGAGAACGAGGACUGGAACUUCUACUGGAUGAGCAUCCAGACCAUCAGGAACGUGUUCAGCGUGGACACGGGCUAUCGACUGACGGAUGAGCAGAUGGUCAACCACUUCCCCAACCACUACGAGCUGACCAGGAAGGACCUGAUGAUUAAAAACAUCAAGCGCUACCGGAAGGAGCUGGAGAAGGAAGGAAGCCCUCUGGCCGAGAAGGACGAGAACGGGAAGUACAUCUAUCUGGAUUUCGUUCCUGUGACGUUCAUGCUCCCUGCCGACUACAACCUGUUCGUGGAGGAGUUCCGCAAGAAUCCAUCCAGCACCUGGAUCAUGAAGCCCUGCGGGAAGGCUCAGGGGAAAGGCAUCUUCCUCAUCAACAAGCUCUCGCAGAUCAAGAAGUGGUCCAGAGACAGCCGCACCUCGACGUUUGUUGCUGCCUCUAGUGGAAAGGAGGCUUAUGUCAUUUCCUUGUACAUCGACAACCCCCUGCUGAUCGGAGGGAAGAAGUUUGACCUGCGCCUUUAUGUUCUGGUGACCACCUAUCGGCCGCUAAAGUGCUACAUGUACAAGCUGGGCUUCUGCCGCUUCUGCACGGUCAAGUACACGCCCAGCACCAGUGAGCUGGACAACAUGUUCGUCCACCUCACCAACGUUGCCAUCCAGAAGCACGGAGACGACUACAACCACGUCCAUGGAGGGAAGUGGACGGUCAGCAACCUGCGCUUGUACCUGGAGAGCACCCGAGGGAAGGAGGUGACCAACAGACUCUUCGACCAGAUCCACUGGAUCGUGGUGCAGUCCCUGAAGGCCGUGGCUCCGGUCAUGAACAACGACAAGCACUGUUUCGAGUGCUAUGGAUAUGACAUCAUCAUCGACGACAAGCUGAAGCCGUGGCUGAUCGAGGUCAACGCCUCGCCCUCGCUGACCUCCAGCACAGCCAACGACCGCAUCCUGAAGUACAACCUGAUCAACGACACGCUCAACAUCGUCACACCCAACGGAGAAAUCCCUGACUGCCGCUGGAAUCGCAGCCCUCCUCGAGAGGCUCUGGGAAACUAUCAAGUCCUGUACGACGAGGAGCAGGCUCACAGCGAGAAUGCGGAUCUACGCAGCCGCUCCGGUCAGCCCCUGGGGUCAAAGGGCACCAAGGGGGUCACAGGCCUUCGCUCCACUGCCACUACAUGGAAGUGAACUGCGGCUACUCCCCCUUUUCAGUGUUUCUCUGAAGGAAACCAAGGCUUUAUUUGUUCCUCAUUCAUGAGUUUGAAGCCCUGCUACAGGGAAAAGUGGGCAGCAGGCUUUGGAUUCUGAUGAUGAUAACUCAGCUUUGCAGCUGCUGUGUCCUCACAAUAUUGUCCUGCCUCUCUGUGAUGUUUUCUUUCAAAGGCAAAGAUGAAAACCUCACCUUCCUUGAGUAUUGGCACAAAAACGUCUGAAUGAAAUUGAAUGAAAUGAAGAACCAGGAGUGACGAAUGAAACCACACGUGUUGUUGUUGCAGAAAACUCUUGUGGAGGUUUGCUCUGCAUGGUUCUCACCCCCCAGGUGCCACUCAUUUGCACUCUCUCUGUGUGUUUUUUGGGAGUUGACCCCUGCGACCAGUCGGCUGGCGUCACUCAAGCUGCAGCUUCCUUUACCGUUCCUGGACUUGUGUCUCUGUUGCUCUGAAGAAAGUGUUUCAGCCACACUUGACUCAGCAGAGCAGAGGAAAUCCGCACUCUGGUGCCACUUCUCUGGAUCUGCUGCUGGUGUGGUUGCCUGCUACCAUAUGGCUCCGCCUCCGUGACCACCACCAUCCGACAUUUUGUCCAGAAGGUGAGACGUACAGAAGAUGCAUGAGCAUAUCUGGUGCUGACAGGACUGCACUGGAGAGGUAGAUAAUCCAGGUGUUGCUCGCAGCGUUAACAUAGAAGAGUUUAGUGCCGGUUGUUAUAUAUAGAGUUACCUAAGAAAUGAAUGUUUUAUAUGUUGUUAUGAUGAUGUAAACACAGCAUUUAAUGUAGGAAACAUUUUGUAGACGACUGAAUAAAA